ACAGAUAUGUUAUAAUUGAAUUUUAGACUAAUGAAAAUAAAACGCUGGUUAGUAAUGGCUUAGUUCUCACUCGUGUUACUAUGAAUAGACACUAUGUAAGCAUAGCGUUUGUCGGAAGACACAAGGACGAGCGGCGAAGGUGAGCUCCAUGGCAUGCAUGCCCGGGCAGCCUGUGAUCGCGGAGGUGUCCCGGCGUGACCUGGGAUCACCUGGGUCCGGGCUCUAACCUGCCGGCCUUGUCAUGGACAGCCUCAAGGGCGUAAAGUCUGCCCUAGGAGGGUCCGGGGCCGGAUUAGGGUCAGGCGCGGGCGCGGGCUCCUACCUAGCCAGUAUGGAGACGCUCUUAGGGGACUACAUGGAGCGCCUGGGCACGCGCAUCAACGUCCUUGAGACGGAAUUGCGCUAUGCCUGGCGCGCUCUCGAUAUGCUCUCUCAGGAGUAUGUCAAGAUGUGGGAACGUCUUGAAAAGCUGGAGAUCCUUCUGUACGAGCAACAAGCGGUGAUCGCUCAGCUUCUGGAAUUUUACACAGCAUUUGACCUUCAGGCUCUUUUGAUAGAGAAGGAGGAACCAUCGAUAAUCCCUCCUGAAGCCGUUGCGGCGGCGGCAGCAGCGGCGGCAGCAGCAGCUCCUUCAUCUGAUGACUCUGAGAACAGACUCCCGGAUGAAGCCUUCUACCGGAGUCUGAACAAUGCUCACCGAGAUAACCUCUCACAAGUGUCAGAGUCUACAGACCAAGAAUUGGCCAGGAUUUGGGACCUAGAAGAAACUGAAAAAGAAUCAGAUUCUUCUGAUGCGAGGAAGAAAGAGAAAGAAAGAGAAAAAGAAAAUGAAAAAGAUGAAGUGUUUACAGCGGAUGAUUACAAAGAUUAUAGGGGACACAGUACUUGUAUUAGUGAGCAAGAUCUUCAAGAACUUCGCAAGUUCACAACCCUGGAUAAAGUGGCACUUGGAAAACUCAAAGAACUUGAUGCAUUAAGUGCAAAAUUACUGAAAGACUCUCAGAAUCUUCGUGAUCUUCGGGAGCGGCUCAUAUUAUCUCCAAAGUUGGGUUCACCAACAUCAACAUCCCCACGGCAUGUUAGCAAAUCUGAAGCUUCUACUGUGGCUGCUGCUGCUGCUGCUGUGUCAACUGUAGCUCAGCCAAUAGACAACAAACUGACAGAAUCCGUUGUAGACGAAAAAUUACGUCAAAUGUACCUUGACUCCAAUAUAGAUGACUGGACCUUCAGUCCAAAAACGACAGAACCACAAAGGAGUCGACCAAAUUCCCAGUUGUCAACUGAUAGUAAUGCCACUGAUUCAGAGAUCAUGGCCGCACUUGGGAUGAAGACCAGUGGAUCUCCACGGCAUAUGCGUGAUCAUCUCCCUAAAGGUCCUUCUCCUCUCCCAUCUUCAGACACAUCCUUAGGGGCAGCCAAAGACACUGUGGGUAUGUCAGACUUUAGCAUGAUGGGGCGAAAAACACCAGAUCCUCUUAUUGCAGGGGAAAAAUCAAUGGGCACGUCAUCACCAACAUUCUUCACAGCAAGUAGUGAAAAGAUUCGAUCUUCAUCUCCUUUUGCACCUUCGAGGACGCGCCAGGAUGGUUACAUCAGUUCUCCUCGCUCAGGAAGCCCCAAGGACGCGACAAGGGCUAAGAAAGUCUCUGUGACACCGACAGGCUUCGACCCGAAAAGGCCAGGAACUCCAUCUCUCAUGACUACUAAGGAGGUAAGCGGCCACAGCCCUCGAGCCACACCACGUCUCAUGAGUCCAAAGAGUCCUAAGAGCCCCAAAAGUCCAAAGUCACCCAGGACAACCAAGAGUCCGUCACCAAUAAGAUACUCGGAAAUUGGGAAAUAUGACUCUGGCAUCUCCACACUCAGCAGCAGUAUGAGCACAUCCUCAAGCAUCGAGAAGAGUCCUACCAGUCCAAGACCUGGAAGGAGAGCCUCACCAUAUAGAACUGACCGCACUGAGAGGCUCGAGGAGAUAUAUUUGCCGUCCGCUACCUCAGCUGCUAUGUUAGCCUCGGUUACAACGACAACAGCUCCUAUCAGCUUUCCAACGGCAUCCUUGACAGGGCCCAAGACUGAUCACUUCAAAUUCAGCGCAUCAGGGGAAGGAUUGCUCAGAGAAACAAAGAUGUUUAGCCCUGCAACGAUCCUUGAAGAAUCUAUACAACCAACUACAACGACUUCUUUUUUACACAUAUCAACUUCAAAACCUGACAUAGUUAAUACGGCGCUGUCAGCUGAGAAGGCAGAUCAACGGAUGCCGUCAUACAUAUCUGCAUCUCAGCCAUCAUCAUCGCCAGGCCUGGGUGUGACCUCAAGUAUUCCCACAGACUACCUCACCCUCAGUCCCAGAAGAACAAGUGCCAAAGCACGAACUGGGAAUGCCUUUGAAGAGGCAUCUUUUAGCACAUACAGUAUUUACGCAAUCACUGCUGACCCCAUUACAAGAGUCAGCAAAAGUAAAGCUGAUGAGAUGUUUCUUGAGGACAUGCUUAUGAGUUCCUCUGCCCCACCUCCUCCUCCUGCACCGACUUCAAGUACAUAUUCUCACUACUACACGGGUUCGAGGUCCAGUGUGGCUUCUUCCUCACUCCUCACUAAUACCUCACUGGCUGAUACUUAUCCCUCCAGUUUAUCAGUAUCACCAAGCAUGGAGGGAAAGUAUCAGGGUAAACAGCAAUACCAGACAUCUCCCUAUAUCAAUGAGCCCAAAUAUUCAACACCAGCUUACUUGAAUGCUGCUGGGGAGCUUAAGUUUGUAGGUCAACACACAAGGAGAUUUGACCACUUAGCUGAAAUUGAACCUGGGCGUCCAGAGGCUAGGAAUAGUUUUGGUGCUGAUAGUUCUGACUCUAUUUCUUCUUAUUCAUCAAGCUCUAGUUUCUAUCCUUCAUCUGGUCCUGGAGGAAAAGAUGGACACAAAUACAAGUAUCAGCCAAAUUAUAAUCAGCCUCCACCUUAUGGAGCACAACCACCCACCUCACAUAUUGUUAGUAGGUACGUGCCCAUGGAGGAUAAUUUAAAGGGAGGAACAUCCCGAUACAAACCUAUGUACGGGUAUGAUCCUGCAAACCCAAUGCUAAGAGAACCCCCAUAUGAAUCUCCAGACUCUUAUAUGAAUACUUAUCCACCAAAGGAUAGAUAUCGACCUCAGCCUAAUGUUGCAGAAUCUCCAUUACUGAAGAGUGAGGAUUUGUCAGGGUCACUACGGAAUAUGGAGAAUAUUCUUUCCACGGCAGCUCAUGAUGCUCCUCCUCCUCCUGGACCUUCUCCCACACCACGGUCAAGGAGUCGAUACGACCGCUACCAUGACAAUCGUAGACAUACUCAAGCUGUCCCUGCUGCUACUGGGGAAUAUCUGCGUUCACACCAGUGGACCGACGGCAAAUCUGAGAGGCCUCUCGAGCUUAACCUCAAGAGAUAUAGUCCCCAGAAUGCCCAGGAGCAUCGACAGCUGGUGCAAGAAGCCCAGCCUCAUCAUGCCUAUUACGACAGUAGCAAUGUCCUAGUUUCUCAGGCAGGAUAUAUUUCAAUCACUCAGGAGACAGUUCCUAUCAAGGCAAAAGCUCCACUGGAGGAGAAGAAGAAAUUACGGCGAGGCUCGAGCAUGAAGUCUGCCUUAAACUCUAUGACUAAGAUGAUACCUGGCAUUGACAUCAUGGGAAAGAGAUCCAGAUCUCAUAGCCUACCUUCUCGUCCUAUGCAUGAGGAUGAGCCUCGCCAUAAGGAAUAUCAGGCAACAACAUUAGGCAGGAGGAAAGAGAAAAAGAGCAGGUCUAUUAUGUCUACUAUGUCAGGGUUUCUGCAGAAGACACGGCGACGCGGCAGUAGCCUUUCUCUCAGAUCCCUCUCGGAUUCAGAACAGUCAGACAUGGAGAUUAGUCGACCUAUUCCCCGACGCACGAUCUGGGAUGAUGACAGUGAUAACAGUAGUUUGCUGUCAGACACAACAACUGCAGCAGAUACUUUGUUUCCUACCAUGAAGCAAACAAAGAAAUACAGUUCUACCUCCAGUAGCAAGGAAAAUAUUCCAUCUGGAGAGGCUGUUCCUGAACCCCCUGCCAAAACAGAGGAGCCUCAGACUGACACGGCUGAAGACACAUCAAGUACUGUUGAUGCUGAAUCACUAUUCCCAACGGUUGGUGACUUGAAGCGUUCUGACAGCCGAGAAAAGGAUGUAGAACCUAAACAGUCAUCAGGGUCUACUCGUGUGACUGGUGGUCGGCGAGAGUUCGCAGUGUCAAGAGCCCUCGGGAAAUAUAGGCAGCGUCACUCAUCUACUUCCGCCCAUUCUGAUGACCAGAGUGGCUCGGAGGAGGCUACACGCGCCAGCAGCAGUGGGUCAGACAUCCUCUUCCAACAGGUGACAUGCCUUCCCAGUUACCUGUGGAUCGACCCCCUGUGGGCCCAGGUGACCUGCACCUCCGAGCCCCCUGGAGAAGAUACACUUUCCCAGAGGGAUAAUGCAGCAGCCUCUGAAUUACAGCAGGUGAACAAUAAUAUAACUGAUCUAACACGAGAUACUACAACUCAAGAUCGUGAUGCAGGCAACCAGUUUGGACUGCAGCAAUUCUAUAAAGAUGCAAACAUUCCACCGAAUGUAAAUUUUCCCUUGAGCGGCCAGGCGACCCUUCCCGCUGGUGGUACAUGUCCCCCAGCACCGACCUAUAAUGCCCCCCAACUCCCACGUGAUGCCAUACCCUUUCCUGGCCAAGCUCAACAAUCCUUCCCCCAAGUUCCUCAUGACCCAACCCUUUUCCCAGUCUCACCAAAUGCUAAUACUUCUCUUGACUUCUAUGAUCCAAACUUCCCUGCAAAUGCAGGCUAUUUACAGCCAAAAAACGGGGAAGCGCCCGCCCCUACCACUAGGAUUGUAACAGCGGCAGUGACCUCGGGAUUCGGAGUGCUCCCCGCCGCCGCUGCCACACUCCAACAGCCCGUCAACAAGAAUAUCGACAUUAGCGUGUCGGGGGAGGCGGGCGAUAGUGACACGUCCGUCAGCGAGUCUGUAGGAGCUGAAGGAACUCCUUCACGAGGCAGAGACCCCACGAGACGCUCCCCUCCAGAUUCUGCCAAGGACCGGUUGGCCUUGCCUCCGCAGAGGACACUCUCAGAAGAAGAUGACAACCGCUCUGUGCGAAGCUUCCGCAUGUCGCGUGGUUCUUCAAGGCGGCAAAGCACUGAGGAUUCCAUUGACUCUGAUGAUGAGUGGUAUCGCUAUGAACUUAGGAAAUUAGAGCUCAUGGAAGCUGACCAGUGGCGAGAACCGGAACUUGAAGAAUGUUACCCGAUGCAGCCAGAUGAUAAUGUGCGCAACUUUAUGAAUGUAGUUUUGUGUGAGCUACAGGGCCGAGUACAGAUGAUUGAGUCACACAUGCCAGGAACUGAACUGGAGCCCUUUGAUGAUACCAUCUCCAGUGCAAAGUCAAAUGAAUCCGCCUUCUUCUCUGCUACAGGAGACAGUCGGCAGAGUUCCCUUCGGUACUCUGAGUCUCAGGACACACAGGCAUCACAAGAAAGUGCUGUGUUUUCAAUGAUCAGUGCAGAUGCGGUGCCAGCGAAGUCACGCCCAUCACAGCCUGUAGUGCGACCCAGGAUUGACUCUGAUGAUGAGGGAUCGUCAGGUGAAACCUCAGGCCCAGACUCUCCUGAAGAAGACCUGGAGGAUGAUGAAGACGAUGUACCUGUACCAGCUGUUACACCUGCGAUACAGCCUCAACCAGCUGUUCAAGUUGCUCCAGUGCCGGCAGUUAAGCCUGUGGAACAAGCUACACCUCGACGAUUACUCCCAGUGCCUCCAACAGAGCCUGUUAGAACUGUAGUCCCAGAGAUCUCGGAGCAACAUGAAGUUGCAGAAAUUCCUGUGGUUCCUCAACCAGCUACAGAAGUGGAGCCAGAAGCUGGGGACUUUGCCCUUGGUCAGAAAAUUACGCCCACAGAGGAGGUUCCUCCGGCUGAGCCUAUUCCAACAGAGCUUCCUAUCCAAGAAGUUUCGGAAGACAAGGCAGUUACGCCUCCGGAAGCUGCAACAGUUAGUGAAGACAUUCCAAAAGUAGAAACCGAGUCCGAGACGGACAAAGUAAUGAGCGAGACAAAGGAAGAAAAACCCGAAAUAACAGUAGAGGGCGAUACCUCGGCAAGCGCGGAGAGUCAGCAAUCCACACCAGCUAAAUUAAAGACUUUGGGAGGGCCAGGGAGUAAGUGGAAAUUGGUAAAGGCACUCAAAGAAAAGAAGGAAGAACAGAAGAAGGAAGAAAAGGAAGAGGACUCCUCGCAUUUCCACUCGUGCAUUUACACAAAUACAGUCACGGGAACACAGAUCCGCACACAUACUCGCACACACAUUCGUACACAUGUAGGUGCAGCCAUAAGUAAGUGUCGCACCAGACAACCAGUUGGUAGAAGUCUUAAGGGGUCCAGACGUCUCAGGAUUGAGGUAAUGUACUUGGGUUGCUAUGCUAAGGCGGUCGUCAGGCUGCUCGUCGUUCUUGGAAGUCGUUGGGAUGAAGACCUUCAUGCAUUAUGGGAACAAGGCGCUCCGGUGUUCGAGCGAGAUGAGGGAAAUCUCCCAAAGGACUGCCUCGUCGGGAUGAGGUUACGUCGGGGAAUACCGUGA